AUGGAAGUGAAUAUGUGGUCGAGAUUAAUAAAUGGUUUCACAGAGUGGCUGAGAAAUACUCUGGAAGACUAUGAAGGGAUUGAAUGGGAUGAUUUGGCAUUGAAAAUGAGUUGGAUAACAGCUGGCAUGUUGAAUGGCGCUUUUAUCGCAAUAAAAUUCGCAGGUCAAACCGGAAUGGGGAAAUUCGAUAAUGGUUUGGUAGAAAUUGGACUCAUAGCAAUAAGCUGCAUCAAUACUCUUGCUCUAUUUAUGGCAAGGAAGACAUAUCGAAUGUUUAAUCACGACAAACGUUCUCGGCCAAUAUCUCAAAACGUUCGACUUGUCGAUAAGAAUCAAGUAGUCCAAUGGACUUGCACUGGACUAGGAGCUUGCCUAGCAUUAGCCGUGCAAUACGUUUUCAAAUCAGCGAAACAAAGCGAAGAGGAUCUCGUAUGGGAAGUAAGCAUGUGGAACCCGUCUUUCUUCACCCUGAAUCUAUUUAUGUAA